AAACAACAUGCUUGCCGCCAAUGCAUUAAAUUUGUUUCGUGCGUCCGGUAAACGGUCUUGUAGGAUUUUAUCAUGUAGAGCUGCAUCCCAAAUUACGGAAAUAAACGUGGAUAGUAAAACACUGGCAGAUGAUUGAGACUGAGAUAAAUCCCCAUGUCCAGGAAUGGGAAAAAGCUGGCCAGUGGCCUGGUCAUAAGGUUCUUAAACAUUGGAAAAGCAGGAUUCCUGGGUAUUACAAAGCCCAUAGGUAGGAGUCAAACUUGCCUGAAAGAUAGACAAGUUGGGAAUGUGAUGCUCUGACACAGGCCACAUGUUCUUUGGUGAUGUCCGAGUCCCUGCCAAGAAUGUCAUUAGAGACAAAGGAAUGGGGAUUAUUUAUCAAAUGAUGCAGAUCAGGAGGAGCACAUCUGUUUGGCCCUGGAGACGUGCAUUAAUGAAACUAUUUCGUACACUAAAAAUAAGAUACCCUUUGGCCAGCCCUUUGUCAACAACCAGUAUAUUCACUUUCGUCUUGCUGAACUGCAAACAGAGAGGAAGUGUCACACCCCCCACACCCCCCGCCAUGAUGGCCCUGUAUGUAAGGUUCUUCAGAUCUCUACAUAGCAGGACAUGAUGUAACAAAGCUCGCAUCCAUGUGUAAGCUGAAGUCAGGUCGACUAGCCCGUGAAGUAACUGAUUCUUGCCAAUAAUUUUGUGGUGAAAUGGGAUUCAGGAAUGAGGUACUGGUGAGCCAGCUAUACAGAGACUUGCAUUUGUAUUCCACUGGAGAGGGUGCAGAUGAGGUUAUGUUGACAAUUAUCAGCAAAUAUAUUGGGAUUCUAAAGCAGUCUAAAAUGAAUAGAACAAAGAGUGUAAGGUUGAAUGUCAAUAGAUUUGCAUACAUAUUUUUAUUGACAAUUAAAAGAUUAUAAG